UCCAAUAAGACGGUUCGAGUGAAAUAAAUUGAGGUUAAAAAUCCGAGGGGUAGGGCUUUCGAGUAAUGCGAAGCGGUUUAAGAGGUGGAAUUCAGGAAAUAACACGGUGAAUCCUCGUACACAUCGCUCAGUCUCUGUCGUGAGGAGAAAGUGCACGGGUCUCAGUGACAACAGUUGCGGUUCAAAAAAAAAUAAUAAUAAUUCGUGUCAUUCGAAAAUGGGUAGUUGGCCUGAAAACGUUGGUAUACGCGCGCUGGAAUUAAUUUUCCCCGCACAGUAUGUGGAUCAGACGGAGCUGGAGGCGUACGAUGGGGCGUCCGCCGGAAAAUACACCGUUGGUUUGGGACAGCAGAAAAUGGGCUUCUGUUCAGACAGGGAGGACAUCAAUUCGCUGUGCCUCACCGUGGUCAAGAAACUGAUGGAGAAACACAACAUCAAGCCGGAGGAAAUUGGCAGACUGGAAGUGGGAACUGAAACCAUAAUUGACAAAUCCAAGAGUGUGAAGACUGUACUUAUGCAACUUUUUGAACCACAUGGUGUGACUGACAUUGAAGGUAUCGACACCACGAACGCCUGUUACGGAGGUACUGCAGCUUUAUUCAAUGCCAUUUCAUGGAUGGAGUCCUCUGCUUGGAACGGAAGGUAUGCCCUAGUGGUUGCAGGAGAUAUUGCUGUGUAUGCGAAGGGCUCAGCCAGACCCACUGGUGGGGCUGGUGCCAUAGCCAUUUUAGUUGGACCAAAUGCCCCACUUGUGUUUGACAGAGGUGUCCGGGCCACUUUUAUGAAACAUGCAUAUGAUUUUUAUAAACCAGAUCUGACUUCCGAGUAUCCCACAGUAGAUGGCAAGUUAUCAAUUCAAUGUUAUUUGAGUGCUUUGGACAAUUGUUAUCAGUUGUAUCGCAAAAAUGCCGCCAAAAAAUCAAAUGUUACAGUAGAUUUAAGUUACUUCGACGCUCUCUUAUUCCAUUCACCUUACUGUAAGUUAGUGCAAAAAUCGCUGGCGCGAUUGGCACUAAACGAUUUCAUCCAAUCUUCUGAAAAGGCUGAAAAAUUCCCUGGUUUGGAAUCAUUUAACACUGUAAAAUUGGAAGACUCCUACUUUGAUAGAGAUGUGGAAAAGGCCUUCAUGAACUACAGCAAAGAUAUUUUUUACAAGAAGACCAAUCCAUCACUGUUAAUAGCUAGUCAAGUUGGAAACAUGUACACACCAUCAUUGUAUGGUGGUUUGGUGUCUUUGUUAAUUAGCAAAAGUGCUUCAGAAUUAGCUGGAAACAAAAUUGGUCUGUUUUCUUAUGGUUCAGGUCUUGCAGCCAGUUUGUUUUCAAUCACAGUAACCAAAGACAGUGACAAGGAUUCAGAUUUGUACAAGUUAGUGUCUAGUCUGGAUCAUAUCAAACCCUUAUUGGAAAGAAGACAGAAGAUUUCCCCAGAAAAAUUCGAAGCAACCCUAGAAAUCCGGAAACAAAAUAGCCACAAAGUUCCAUAUGAACCCAUUGGCUCGAUUGAAAACUUCUUUCCCGGAACUUAUUACUUGACUAAAAUUGAUGAGUUGCACAGGAGGGUAUAUGAAAGAAUACCUGUGGCUGUGAAUGGACACUCAUAACAUAGUAUUGUUUCACCGAUUAGCAAAAUUGGAAUCGUAAUCUUUUUGGAAUUUUGUAAACCGAAUUUUUUAAAAUAUUUUUUAGACCUUUAACGAGAGUUAUGUUUAUAUAUUUUGCAGUAAAAUUAGUAGUACCACUUGACAAGUUAAUUUCUAGAUUUAGAUUUAUUUAUAAAUUACAUUUCAUUAAUGUAUUAUUUUAUAUGCUAGACAUUGUUUUUCUCGAGUACUCUAUUAGUGCAAUAAGUUUAGAAGGAACCAUAUUUUUAAGGUAUACCAAAUAAAAAUUGUCAAUCAUUUUAUAAGAAAUAGUUACCUAAAUAUCAUCCGGUGAUAAGAAUAUGUCCCCUAGUUUAAUGAUGAGUGUAGACAUGGGUAAAAUAUUGUAGGUAUGUCAGGGAACAUGUAGGUCUUAAGGAUUUCUAUCAGGUCCGUGCUAAGGUCAGAAUUAAAAAAUACAAUCGCCUCUCUAAAUUAUUUACAUACCUUAAUGCGGGCCUGUUUUCCGCUCAAAUUUAAGUGCCUAUAGAAGAUCGGCAUCGGAUUUUUUCCGGUGCUGAGGGAUAAAAACUCAGCAAUGUAAAAAUGUGGCGUCAAAUUUUCCUUUGAAGAGUUCUUGUCCUCGUUUUAGCAAAUAUUGUGAAAGUAUAAAUUCGAAUUAUAAUUUAUUUGAAUUUCUAAUAUUUGUAUAUACAACGAAAAUGUAUUUUUACUUUACUCUGAAUGUUAAUGGGAAUACGCGGAAUGAGCUUAAAUAUUUAGUGAAUUAAUGUAUGAAAUCCUGUUUAUUGCACUUAAUUUAUUGUUGUAUUUAUUUUUGCUAUAUAAUUUAUUGUUGUUCUGAGCACUUGUUUUAAUAUAAUGAUGUUUAUUAAAAUUAGUAAACCCGA